AUUAGGAGGACGGGGGCGCAUUCCAUCCACGGGCAAAUUAAGCAAGCCCCAGCCAUGGCGAGCGCGACGAUGAACGGCGGCGGCGGGGGCGGCGGCGCCGCCGGGGUGAUGAAGCGGACGGGCCUGCUCCGGCUGCAGUACUACUGCGUGAUGGGCGCCGUCGCGGCGGCCGUCGUGCUCGCCACGCUCCGCUACAUGCCUGCCCCCGCGACGACUCCCCCCACCGUCGCCGGCGUCGACGGCGGCGGGGCCGUCCGGUCUGCCGCCGGCGCCGGCGCCGCGGCGGCUGCUGCUCCUGGAGGCGGGGAGGCGCGGGGCAAGCGCGUGCACGUGUGGAGCGGGGAGGACGAGGAGGGGGACGAGAAGAAGAAGAAGAAGGCGGAGCCCGGGGUGGUGGUGAUCAACUUCGGCGACUCCAACUCCGACACCGGCGGGGUGGCGGCGGUGAUGGGGAUCCACAUCGCGCCGCCGGAGGGGCGCGCCUACUUCCACCACCCCACCGGGAGGCUCUCCGACGGCCGCGUCAUCCUCGACUUCAUCUGUGAGAGCUUGAACACACACCACCUCAGCCCGUUCAUGAGGCCGCUGGGAUCAGAAUACAGCAAUGGAGUAAAUUUCGCAAUCGCGGGCUCGACAGCGACACCAGGGGAAACCACAUUUUCGCUCGAUGUGCAGCUUGAUCAGUUCGUGUUUUUCAAGGAGAGAUGUCUGGAGUCCAUCGAAAGAGGUGAGGUUGCCCCAAUUGAUAGCAAAGGGUUUGAAAAUGCCCUCUAUACCAUGGACAUAGGGCAUAAUGAUUUAAUGGGCGUUCUCCACUUGCCCUACCAUGAAAUUCUUCCAAAACUUCCUGCCAUAGUUGCUGAAAUCAAAAAGGCCAUUAAGACUUUGCAUAAGAAUGACGCGAGAAAGUUUUGGAUACAUGGAACGGGUGCAUUGGGUUGCCUACCACAGAAGCUUGCUACGCGCAAGGAUGAUGACGGUGGUCUCGACGAGCAUGGUUGCAUCACAAAAAUCAACAAUGUUGCCAAGAAGUUCAACGAAUUACUGAGCGAAACCUGUGAUGAUUUGCGCUUGGAAUUCACAGAUUCGAUAAUUGUGUUUGUGGACAUGUUCGCCAUCAAGUAUGAUCUUGUUGCCAAUCACACGAAAUACGGGAUUAAGAAGCCAUUGAUGACAUGCUGUGGACAUGGAGGCCCCCCUUACAACUAUGAUCCAAAGAUUAGCUGCAGUGUGACUGAUGACAAGUACAUGUGUAAGCUUGAUGAGAAGUUCAUCAGCUGGGAUGGAGUCCACUUCACCGAUGCAGCAAACGAAAUUGUUGCCUCUAAAGUGAUAAGUGGCGAGUUCUCCAUUCCUAGGAUCAAGUUGACCACCACCGUUGUCAAGCCUAAGAAAACAAAAAAUUCACGGUUAUGAACAUUCAGAUUAAUUUGGUUGGCCCAAGAUAAAUGGUGAAGGCGAAAUUACUGACAAAUCUGACCAUCAGAAGGGAAUUCAUUUGAGAUCCUUAUGGUGAUUUGAGGAAGAGCAGAAUCUGAAAUUUUUCAACUUUUUUUUUUGUACAAUUGAUGUGUGUGCAUAUGAGCAUAUCCUAGGGAGUUGAUACAUUCAGCCAUGAAUGUGUUGGUGGCUUAGUGCUAUGUAUAAUUCUUUUUCCUUAAUUUUAAUAAAAUAAAUAGAGAUGAAUCUACAAAAUUAAAUUAGAAUUAAUCUCCCCAUUGC